AUGGCCAAGACAAGCCCGCUCGAAGAGGUCAAGCAAUCGACGCAGAACAUGCUGCUCGCCGGCGCCAUCGGAGGCAGCGUCGGUGCGACGUGGGGCGUCUGUCUCGCGACGGUCCGGUCGCAGCCCCUUGGCUUCUACGCGGCCUCGAUUGGCGCCAACUUGGCGCUCGCGUCGGCGUCGUACAUGACGGUCUUUGAGAUCCUGAAGCGCAACAACGGCGGGUCCACGGACAACAUCUCGACGUUCGUGCUGCCCGGCACGAUCACGGGCGGCGCGCUGCUCGGACUCGCAGCAAUCGGCACGCCCAUGCGCGCGGUCCAAGAAUGGCGGCACGCCAAGUCCAUCGAGCGCUACCAAGCCAAGCAUGGCAUUGACGCCCACGAGACGAUCCUUCUCAACGGCCGCGUCGAGACCGCGUACACGCCGGUGGCCGACCGACACAAGUUUGACCUCCCGGACCUCAUCCCGUCGUUUCUGCGCAUCUCGGAGGACGACGUCGAAGCGCGCAUUGAAGCGCGUCUUGCAGAGCUGCGAGAAGCCGCCAAGACGGCGCCGUAA